AGUGUCACUUUGUUUUGUUUUGGCCGUUUUCGCGCUGUUUGUUUGUAUAGCAAAUUUUAUUUAGAGUUUCUUUAUGUAAAAGUAUCAGAAAGAUAAAAAGACGAAUAAUCUGAAUAAUACUAGAAAUGAGUUCGAAAAGAACUAAUGGUGAUGAUGGCAGUCAAUCGAAAAGGAUUAAAACCAUUGAUACCACCAAUAGCGCAUUCCAAAAGUUACUGAAAGAAAGUGGCUUGACUAUAAAAUAUUCGCCUGACAAAUGCCUGGCUUCAGAAGAAACUAUUCACAUAGUUCGCAACAUAAAGAAAAAUCUACAGAAUCAGUUUGAUUAUCCCAGGAAUGUAUCAGAAGUAUUUAAUUGCUUUUCCAAAGAAUGUCAAGAUUUGGAUGUAUUUAAACAAUAUCUCUUUCCUAACAUCGUAAAGCAAUCUGAAGACACGCAUGAAGAAUAUCCUGUAAGUGAUAGUGUAAUAAAAAUAUUGCUUAGUGUUCCCAUAAUGCAAGACAAAAUUAUUGAAUUGAUGUUUGAAAAAGCUAUGGAUUUAGCUGUUGAAAACAAGUGUGGCCCGUGGAUUCAAAUGAUUCUGAAGUGCAUUUCUAGCUUGGACACCAUAGUUAAUACUGAAAAAAUGUCUACAAACCUAAUUGAUUUGCUUGAUGUUGCAAAUGAAAAUAUAGUGCGUCUAGAAAUUAUAACUGCUAUACCAGACAUUAUUGGAGACCAAGAGCAUCAGAAUAUAGCAAAUGAAAUGAGCCGAUUUUUAAGCGAACAUCAUGAGCUUAUCCCAGCUAUUUUAGACUGUUUAACUUACCUGUGCCUGUCUGAUGAGCAGUGUGAACAACUUCAGAAGAAAACAUUAGAUUUGCUUACAAAUUUGCCAAAGUGCAAUUAUUUUCCAAAUUUCAUAAACUUCUUGUUAAUGUCUGGUCGCAUGACAGAUACUAGCUGCUUGGAAGCUAUACAAGGACUGCGUAAUUCCCUUGGAUGGCCAACUACAGUAGCCACUGCCCAGGAGAUAGCUACAAGUCAGGUGCUCACUGCUCAAGCAAUUAGAGCAUCGGCUGUAGGAUCCAAAGCUGUAGGAAAUUCAUGGAUAAAAGCAAUAUCACUAUGUAAAACUGCUACAGACCACAGACCAAUUGAUAUAAUCAUACUUAUUUUAUUGUACUCUGCUAAUGAGGAAAGACAAAAACAAGUGGAGAAUUUAAUAAAGAAGCAAAUAAAAAUGAACAUUUUGAAAGAAAACUUACUUGAUGAUGCAUUUGAAAAAUACAAACCAAUUUUAAGGGAGCAUUUACACUAUAUAAUUGAGUUAGCUAACUCACUUUUAAAAAUGAAGUCUGAUCCAUUACUGCAAUCAUUUGCUUCACACAUCUAUGCCCUAAUGUUAUCUGAGUUGGAUGAAUGUCGUCCUACAGUGAUUGCUGAACUACUACAGCUUGGCCUAGACUGUAAGCAGAAUGUAAUGAAUAUAUUGCUCAUUUUGACAAAUGUUGCCAACAAAGAUAUGUCCUUACUGAAACCCCAGAGCCUUCAAAUGCUUACACUAUUAGAUAGAAUGGAUGGUAUGUCAAUUACUGAGAUAAGAGCUGUUAUGAAUUUAGUCUGUGGUUUAGCAUACACAUUUGAAAACUCAAUUAUUAGAGAUGAUAUUCAUAUGAUAAUACGAAAAGAACUAAGCAGCUCCAGUCCCACAAUUAAAGUUCAAGGCAUUCUGGCAGGUAUUUAUGCUAUCAAAUACCUAAUGGCUAGCACGGACCAUGAAGAUAAUACCGUGGAUUUUCCUGAUGAUGUAAGUUAUAGUUCAGUUAAUUAUCUGUCUGAAGGACCUCUAAAAGAAGCUGCCCAAAUUAUAGAACUCAUAAGCAGAAGCACAAAACAGUUUCCAGAUAUGUCUGCUUUCUUCUAUGAUGAGCUUUCAGAAGUUGUGUCAACUGCAACCCAUAUCAACAAACAUUUCAUGUUGUGGUUGACAGAUGCAGUAACGAAUGAUUUACAACAAAACUUUAUAGUAGACUCUAUACCAACGGAACACAACAAUAGCUUAAAACUAUCAAUGCAAUAUUGUCUUAACAGUGACAGUGAAACAGAUGAACUAAUAGCUAUUAAUAUUGGAGGACUAGCCACAGAUUCCAAUUCAGAAAUUAAUGUUAGUAUACUAUCACCACUCUUCCAACUGAUACAGACAUUGCAUUACAAACAACAUAAUGGCAAUCUCUCAAGUAUAGAUGCACUACUUGGUUGUCCUGUUGUGAUGCCUAAAUUGGAUAUAUAUUAUAUUGAGGACAUGGACAAAAAAAAUAUAUCUGACACCUUAGACUGUUUAGUUCAUUGCGCUAAUUGGUUUAGAGAAUUACUCAAUGCCUUUGCAACACAAAAUGACGAAGCUCUAAAAUCGAAAAUUCUAUUAAGAAUACUUAAUCUUGAAGAAUUAGAGACUUUGAUAGGACAAGUCCUUUUGAGAAGCAAAAUUUCGUACAAAGCACCAGCUUGUACUUUUGAUAUGCAUAAAUAUACAGGUGAAAAUCUUGAUAAAAAAGCAGCUAAAGCUCCUCAACCUAGUCAAGCGAAAUCCAAAAAAACUAUACAAGAAGAAUCAGUUUUACUUGAAGUUGAUCGCACACAAGCCACUCAAACUAACAAAAAUUCAAGUAAAAGCAACAUUGAAUAUAUUCAAAACAUUCCUCUUAGGACCUUGAGUUUGAAAUUACUUUACCUUUUCAAAAAUGAUUUAUCGCCACAAAGCGAUCCUGAAAGUGAAUUAAAUAUUAGAACAUUGAAAUUCUUGCUAAAAUGCGUUAAUAACAACUUGGACACAAUUCUAAUGUCGAAAAUAAAAAAGACGACAUUUCUUACAAAGCAAGAAACUAUUUAUGAACCUAAAAAAGCCGAAGAGUGUGUUAAGAACUUCCACGAAGUUCUGCCAAAAAUAAUGGAACAUUUGAAAAUUGUAACAACUUUUAUUGAAAGUACACCACCUGAAUCUUUGCAAAAUGAAAAUGGCACAAUAACUUCUGAUAUUCUGGAUUAUGUUGAAUGCUUGGAAAGUAUCUAUAAAAUGCUGUCCAUCUAUGUUAAAUGGCUUGGUUUCAAAAAUAAUCAUACUGCUGUGUUAAAAAGUUCAUUAAGAAUUAUGGCAAACAACAAUGAAACGUCUGCUAUUGUUUCACUCAAGGAUUUGACUGUAGCUGUUGCUAAAUAUUUCCAAAAACAUGAACCAUUUUGUCUACAGUUGUCAACUGCAUCGUCUCUUAUUGAAUUGUUAUUGGCGAUAAGGGAGUACUCUGAUAAUUCAACCGUUUUAAAUAUAUUGAGGGAUUUGUCCAAUAUAUUUUUGUGUCGAUUAUGGAGAAAUUCUGACGGUGCUCUCGAGAAAGGUUUACUUUUUAACCAGUGCAUUGAUAAAUUGACAUCAAUUUACAUGCUUAAUAAAGAAAUUGUGGCUUUGAAAAAUCUUACUUUACAAUUAACCAGCGAUAUUCAAUAUUUAAAGACUAAAAAUGAUACGCUGAAUACUCUUAAAUGCAUCAGCAAAAGUAACUUUCCGAUAUUAUUCAGAAGUUUGGGAACUGCAGUUUUUGAAGCGACCAAGUUUAAAAUAAAUAAAGGUCUAACAAAUGCGGAACAUUUAGAUUUGUGGAAAGAUGUAUUUACAGUGCUCCAAUACAUGACCGAUAUUUCGAAAGCUCUAGACAGCAGAAAUAAUUUGUCAGCCUUUUUUAAGAAAUCCCUACCCAUACUGAGACUAUUUUUGACACAGGGUGUACCAAUAAUAGAAAUACAAUUUAAAGAUAAUACUCAGGAGGUACUAGAAAUUUUAAAAAUACUGCAACGGUCUACACGAUUUCUGCAGUCUCUGUGUUGCCACUCACGCCUGAAGAAAGACUCUGCGCUUUUGUCGAAAGUUCCAUUGAUGAGACAGCUUUUAGAAACUCUUAUUUACAAAGUAAAAGCUGCUUUAGCUGCUAACAACUGUUCUGAAGCAUUUUGGAUGGGGAAUCUCAAGAAUAAAGACAUUCAUGGGGAGAUUAUCGCAACACAGCAGAGCAUAGAGGAUGGAGAAUCAGUAGAAGAUUGCGAUGACCAGCUCCCCGUCGACAGCGAUGAUUCUGAUGAGGAUAUGCUUAAUCCUGACUCGAAAAGUAUCAGUGAUGUACUUUAAGGAUAUUUACAACGGGGUACCAGAGCUGGUACCUGUACGUAGCUCUACGUACUGGUUGAAUAGAGGUUCUUUGAGUAAGAAAUUAUAUUAUCUUUAUCAUAAUAAACGUAACGUUAAAUCCAA